AGCGAUACAGUAGCGACGUGCACACGCACUGCUGGGGGAUUACAGCGAUUCGAAGCGCAGCACAGCGCGACAUUUCGGACAUACUGCUGGCGGGACGUAGAAUGUCGCGACACAUGGCGAUGCUCCUUUUCCUCGCCGUUUCCACGGCUCUGGCGUCGGAGGUGCCCACCGACGGAGCAGUAGGCCUGCUGGCUGAGCCCCAGGUUGCCAUGUUCUGUGGCAAACUCAACAUGCAUAUUAAUGUGCAGACGGGCAAGUGGGAGUCGGACCCUAGUGGCACCAAGAGCUGCAUUGGCACCAAAGAAGGCAUCUUACAGUACUGCCAAGAGGUCUACCCUGAACUGCAGAUCACUAAUGUAGUGGAGGCCAACCAGCCUGCCACCAUCCUGAACUGGUGCAAGAAAGGGCGCAAAAACUGCCGCAGCCACCCACAUAUCGUGGUGCCCUACCGCUGCCUGGUUGGUGAAUUUGUCAGCGAUGCCCUCCUGGUUCCUGACAAGUGCAAGUUCCUCCACCAGGAGCGCAUGGACAUGUGUGAGAGCCACCUGCACUGGCACACGGUGGCCAAAGAGUCCUGUGGCGACCGCUCAAUGAACCUGCACGACUAUGGCAUGCUGCUGCCCUGUGGCAUCGACCGUUUCCGUGGUGUGGAAUUUGUCUGCUGCCCAUCUGAUGCCAGCCAGUUGGACUCAACGGAGUUAGAAGAAGACGACUCGGAUGUGUGGUGGGGCGGUGCGGACGCCGACUAUGUGGAGGGCGGGGAGCCCCGUGAGGUGCAAGUAGAAGAUACUGAGGAUCUGCAGCCCGCCAUGGGUGAGGAUGAUGAAGAUGAUGAGGAUGAGGUUGACGAGGAGCCCGAAGGAGAGGCCAGCGAGCGCACCACUAGCGUGGCCAUGACCACCACGACUACCACCACCACUGAGUCCGUUGAGGAGGUUGUCCGAGAGGUGUGCUCAGAAGAGGCCCUGACCGGUCCUUGCCGUGCCAUGCUGCCCCGCUGGUUCUUCGACCUGUCCAAAGGCCAGUGCUUCCAGUUCAUCUACGGUGGCUGUGGAGGCAACCGCAACAACUUUGGGACCGAAGAGUACUGCAUGUCGUUGUGCGGCGGUGUGUUGCCCACCACAGCUGCUAGCACCCCCGAUGCAGUGGACAAGUACCUGGAGACGCCCGGCGAUGAGAACGAGCAUGCCCACUUCCAGAAGGCCAAGGAGAGCCUGGAGGCCAAGCAUCGGGAGAAGAUGUCCCAGGUGAUGAGGGAGUGGGAAGAGGCAGAGCGACAGGCCAAGAACCUGCCACGUGCCGACAAGAAGGCCGUCAUCCAGCACUUCCAAGAAAAGGUCGAGACACUGGAGCAGGAGGCCGCCAGCGAGCGGCAGCAGCUGGUGGAGACCCACAUGGCCCGCGUGGAAGCGAUGCUGAACGACCGCCGACGGAUUGCCCUCGAGAACUACCUGACCGCACUGCAGGCCGAGCCCCCCAAGCCUCGCCAUGUGUUUAACCUUCUGAAGAAGUAUGUGCGUGCAGAGCAGAAGGACCGGCAGCACACACUGAAACACUUUGAGCACGUGCACAUGGUCGACCCCAAGAAGGCUGCCCAGAUCCGACCACAGGUGCUGACUCACCUGCGAGUGAUCGAGGAGCGAAUGAACCAGAGUCUGGGGCUGCUCUACAAGGUUCCUGGCAUUGCCGAGGAGAUCCAGGACCAAGUUGAUGAUUUGAUACAGAAGGAGCAGGGCGAGGCAGAGGAGCAACUGGCCGCCCUACAGAGUGAGCCCAGGAUCAGCUACGGAAAUGACGCCCUCAUGCCCUCCUUGACAGAGAGCCGCACUGCCCCCAUCGAUCUGCUUCCAUCAGAGGAGGGGGUCAUUGGUCUGGAUGGUCUAGGUUAUGUUCACCCCAUCGACUUUAUGCCCGCCAACACAGAGAAUGAAGUUGAGCCAGUGGAUGCCCGCCCAGCAGCUGACCGAGGACUCACCACAAGGCCAGGCUCAGCCCUGACAGGAAUCAAGAUUGAAGACAUCCCUGAAGUUAGGAUGGAGGCAGAAGUCCGACACUCGGGAUAUGAGGUGCACCACCAAAAACUGGUGUUCUUUGCUGAAGAUAGUGGUUCGAAUAAAGGAGCUAUUAUUGGGCUAAUGGUGGGAGGUGUUGUCAUAGCAACGGUGAUUGUUAUCACACUGGUGAUGCUGCGAAAGAAGCAGUACACGUCCAUCCACCACGGAGUGGUUGAGGUGGAUGCUGCAGUGACCCCUGAGGAGCGCCACCUCUCAAAGAUGCAGCAGAAUGGCUAUGAGAACCCCACCUAUAAAUUCUUUGAGCAGAUGCAGAAUUAGGGCCACCCAUUGCCAUCUUGUGGGAAGCCCACAUCACACUGACCCCCCCCCAACCACCGCCACCCCCUUCCCCCUCGCAAAAUCCUUGACCUCCGGCUCAUUCAGCCCCACCACUGCCUUCUCUCCCCUCGUCUUGCAGUGCCCUCUUCCCCAUGUCACACAUAGAUACUGGAGCAGCAGUUGCCAUUCAGCCUACCCUUAAUGCAGACACACUGACUGCUUUGGCUUCCCAGCAUGCCCUGUUCAGUGGUCUACCAGGUCACCUAUAUAUAUAUAUAUAUAUAUAUAUAUAUAUAUAAAAAAAUAUGGGGAUACUGAAGGACGAAGGUUCCAGGCCAGGCUGGGAAGCCCGGCGUGCCCUUGUGCAGUGUUGACUGCUAGGCCGCACAGUACUGUGCCCAGCCGGGAAGCUCAGUCUGUAGCCUUUAACUCCAUCCUCCCGCAAGCCUAUCGGAAAUUCUUCAAAGCGCUCUAAAGGCUACGCCCACUUGACCCCACUUGACCCUCCACCUCUGUCCCCAUUCUUUUUCUGCUCUGGGGUGACAGCUGUGCUGUACUUUAAAUGGAAUUGUCAUUUCUUUGAGAGAGAGGAAAAAAAAAGGCACCGUGACAGAAACUUAUCACUGCGAACUGAAUGUUUUUUGUUUUUUUUUUUUUUUUUAAAUUUCCGUGUAAUAUAUUAAGAUGAUAGCUGUAACUAUUUAGUGCAUGAAAAGAUAAAGACGAGGAAACAAAAAAAAACGAAAAAAAAAAGUGUGCCGCCAUUUUGACUUGUACUUUCUCACGUAGAGAGCUGUGUAUUAGCGAGAUUGUAAAGUUAGUAUCUUGUGAUCACGUGAUUUUAAACGAAACAGGGGGAGGGGUUUAAAUGAAGACUCUUCACGUUUCAUUGUCGGUGUCCACAGGGGGCACCCCCCUUUCUGUGAGACGGGGAGGGGCCGCCAGCAUUUUUCUUUUUUUUUUUAGGUGAGGGGAAGGGCUUUGGGGAUGACUAUGCAUUGUAAGAAUCGUUUUCUUUCUUUUUGAGAUUGAUUGUAUACCUGCUUUUUUUUUUUUUUUAAUUAUUAUUUUCUGUAUAGAUGGUCACUUCUUCUGUGUUUGUGAUAUUAAAAAAAAUCCAGAAAAAUAAUUUAAAAAAAAAUAAUAAAAAAAAAAAAA